AAGUUUAUUUCCGUCGACACCCCAAAAAAAAAAAAUCCCCACCCGAUUUCUCUCUUUUUUUUUUCCUCCUCUUCCGCGAGCUCUUCCCCCCUCUCUUCUCUCUUUUUCUCCCCUCUCCCCGGGGAAACGCGGCGGCCGCCGAUCCCGAUCCCCCCCACCGCCGCCGCCGCCCGAUCCGACCAAAUCCCCACUACGCGUCCCAAUUCCGGGCCAAUUCGACCCCCCGAGCGACCGCCAUCUACUCACCUCCCGAUCGAUUCGGAUCCCCAAUCUAGCGGGCGCGGGGCGGGGCGGGGAGGCGGGAUUGGGCUAGGGUUUUGUGGGGGAUUGGUGUAUUGGAUUAGGUGAUGGCGGAGAAGGGAUGCCUCAAGCGCCUCCAGAAGGAGUACCACUCGCUCUGCAAGGAGCCGCCGCCGCAGAUCGUGGCUCGCCCGCUGCCCAACGACAUAUUGGAGUGGCAUUUUGUACUUGAAGGUAGUGCUGGCACACCAUUUGAAGGUGGAUAUUAUUACGGGAAACUCAAAUUUCCACCUGAUUACCCUUUUAAGCCUCCAAGCAUCAGCAUGACAACUCCUAGCGGAAGGUUUGCCCCUCACAAAAGAAUAUGCCUAUCAAUGAGUGACUUUCAUCCGGAAUCUUGGAAUCCUAUGUGGUCUGUGGCAAGCAUUCUCACGGGCCUCCUUUCAUUCAUGAUGGAUGAUGCUCUGACAACUGGAAGCAUCAGGAGUACAGAGGGGGAAAAGAGACGUUUAGCAAAGGCUUCCCUUGCCUACAACUGUGAGAGCAAAAAUUGCCCUCACUUCAGGAAAAUGUUUCCAGAGUACGUCGAGAAAUACAACCAACAGAAACAGAUGGAGCAAACCGUAGCGGAACCAGAAACUCAAGAGAACCCUGCCCCAGCUCCAUCUCCUGCGGUCCAACAACAGGCUGCAGUAGUAGCCAAUAAGGCGAAACCUGCGGCGGAGGCCGCAGGCGAGCAGAAGCAGAAGAAGCGAGUGCCCUUCUGGAUGAUGCUGGUUAUGUUUUCUGUUUUUGGUGCGGUGAUGGCCUUGCCCCUGAUGCAACUCUGACAAAUAAAAUAAAAAGAGGCUAUAAAAGUGUGAUACCGGGGGGUAAUUUUUGUAUAGUUUUCCCAAGGUUUGCGUAACUCGAUUCUUCUGUGGACUCUCUUCACUUUGGUGAUGGUAAAAUCUGUAGAACCAUAUCCUCUCUUUACAGAAUCUACAGAACAGCUUUGUUUGAGUCGUAGA